UAGUUUUGUUUAGACUUUAACCCAGCUCAUUCUACAGCCCAGUUUAGUUUGCUACUCUCGUUCUGGGUAAAAAGUAACAUAGCAACAUGGCUGCUCUAAUGAAAAAGGUCUCUGGCCAGAUCAGGCCACUGUUAAUGACCACAAGAGCUUUAGGGAACGUAAAGCAAGCUAGUUCUGGAAUCUCUUUUGAGUUAUCCCCUGAAGUUCAAGAGAUAAAAAACACAGCCCGGAAAUUCGCAAGAGAGGAGAUCAUUCCCAAAGCAGCUGAGUAUGACAGAACAGGGGAAUAUCCUUGGGACCUUGUAAAGAAGGCGUGGUCACUAGGUUUAAUGAAUACACAUAUACCAGCACACUGUGGUGGCUUGAACCUUGGACUCUUUGAAUGUGUAACAAUAACAGAAGAAUUAGCUUACGGCUGUGCUGGGGUUCAGACUGCUAUGGAAGCUAAUUCCCUUGGUCAAAUGCCAGUGAUUAUAGCAGGCAAUGAAGCUCAGCAGAAAAAAUAUCUGGGAAGGUUAAUAGAAGAGCCUUUAAUGUGUGCCUACGGUGUGACAGAGCCUGGGGCGGGGUCUGACGUAGCAGGCAUUAGGACCAGGGCAGAAAAGAAGGGAGACCACUAUGUUUUAAAUGGGCAGAAAAUGUGGAUCACCAAUGGAGGUGUGGCCAACUGGUUUUUUGUCCUGGCCAGGACAAGUGCUGACCCCCAGACGUCUGCAGGGAAAGCUUUCACAGGAUUUAUUGUUGAGGCAAACACACCCGGCGUUACCAUAGGAAGAAAGGAAAUCAACAUGGGACAGAGGUGUUCUGAUACAAGGGGAAUCACCUUUGAAGAUGUACUGGUCCCUAAAGAGAAUGUGCUGGGUGCAGAGGGCUAUGGUUUUAAGAUUGCCAUGGGUGCAUUUGAUAAAACAAGACCCCCAGUGGCUGCAGGUGCUGUAGGUCUGGCACAAAGGGCCCUGGAUGAAGCCAAAAAUUACUCUAUGCAAAGAAAAACCAUGGGCAAGCUCAUCUGUGAGCAUCAAGCCGUGGCAUUUAUGCUGGCUGACAUGGCUAUCGGGGUGGAAGCUGCACGUCUGUUGGUCCAGAGGUCAGCCUGGGAGAUUGACCAGGGCAGGCGCAACACGUACUUCGCUUCCAUAGCCAAGGCUUUUGCUGCUGAUGUGGCUAACAAGUGUGCAACUGAUGCUGUACAGAUAUUUGGUGGGGCUGGGUUCAACACUGAAUACCCAGUGGAGAAAUUGAUGAGGGACGCCAAAAUUUUCCAGAUUUACGAAGGCACUGCUCAAAUUCAACGUUUGAUUAUCUCCCGUGAGCUUCUUACCAACAGCAAGUCAUAGCCACAGCAAGACAAUUAAAGUCCUAUAACUGGCUGUAUUUUUAAAAAUACAAAUGGAGUUAUGUCCCUUAACAGGAACUUGGGAAAAACAAUUUAACUGAAUUUUGAUAUGCUAUUUACAUGUUAAUGAAAUCUGUGAUUUAAAUUUAACUGGAAAUGUUUGAAGUUGUUGUAGAAUUAAUACAAAUUACAAUUAAUACUACUGUUUAAUAAAUGUUGAUGUUUAUUGUUAUUUUUGUGCUUAAACUGUGCCGAAAAAAAGAUUGCCAUUUAAAUUAUUACAUUUUUGUACAUUUAUUUUCUUCCUAUAUUCAUGUUGAUCAUGGUUAUUGUCAUGAAAUUUUGAAUAAAUUAUUAUACACCAAC